GGGUGUGCGUGCCUUGAGCUCCGGGGACUUGGACACGAAGUGAUGUUAGUAAGGAUGGAUCAGUUGAUAACCUCCACAUUGUUCUUCCUUCUGCUCCUCCACGCCACGCCCAAGGUGGCACUGACGGAGCUGGUGCCAGACAACAUCGCCAUGCCCCAGGAUCACGCCCACCGGUUUGUCCUGCCCGCCCCCGGCCUGAGACACCGCCCACCACAGCCCUCACCCCCACAGAUACCCCCACCACAGCAGAACUCGGGCACACCACAGCUAACAGAACCGCUCUCUACGAAUGAUCUAGACCAUUUCCUCCCCCUGGGCCCUGGUGACGGGGUGGCCAUGCUAUCGGGGUUGGACGUCGCCUGCAUCCCCGAUUAUAGGACCGUCAGCCUCCCCUUCGAUAACGCGUUCGUCGGUAUAGUGUAUGCGAAGGGAUUCUACAGUGACCCAGGCUGCAUCUACGUCUCAGAAGGAGGAGGUGGAGGAGGAGGAGGUGGAAGGGAGGUGGAGUUCCGGGUGGUGGCUGGACGGUGCGGUGUACACUUGGUCGAGCCCCGCAGCGAACCACCUUACCUAGAGACGGUCAUUGUUAUCCAGAACCAACCCGGCAUUCAGGAGGUGUGGGACAGUGCCCGGGGCGUGAGGUGUGUCUUCGAGGACGGGCUGGAGCGUGCGAGGGCGAUGGGUAGCCGGCGAGUGAGUGCCGCUCUGAACGUGGACUUGCUGGAUCAGAAGAUGGUCACAUUUGCUGCUAAAACGUCUGCCUCUGCUUCCCUAGAUGUUCAGGUCGGCCGGGGUCCCUUCGCGCGGUCAGCUUCAGGCAUGGUCCGUAUCGGCGAGCUGAUGACCAUGGUGGUGGGGGUGGAGGGGCCUUCCAACACCGACCUGCAGGUGCGGGAGUGUGUGGCCAGGGACGGAUCGGGGCGUGCCUCCUACCAGCUCACGGACAAGAACGGCUGCGUGUUGGACAAUCGAAGGAAGGUCGUUGGCCCGUGGCAGAAGACUCGUGACACAGGCAAAGGUGACAUGCCCGUAAUGGCCUACUCGCAUUUCCAGGCCUUCAAGUUCCCGGAUGAGAAUGACGUCUUCCUGGAGUGUGAGGUCGACCUAUGCGUAGAAGCCUGCCCCGUCUGCCCCGAGGAGGAGACUACCCAAAGAAGAAGAAGAGAAACAUCACAGCGAGGAAGAGACGAGGAAGAGGAAGAAGAAGAAGGAGGAGGAGGAGGACUGAGGAGGAACAGGGUGGAGGAGGAGGAACGUGGGUCAAGGAACGUAAGCCUGGCAGCGGAGGGGGUCAAAUUAGCGAGGAGGUUGAGAGUUAUAUCGCCCGAGGACUUUUCUCUCCUCAAGGACACCCCCAUCACCCUAGUCACGAAAGACGGAGACUCUUCAACGGGGACUAAGGUAAAGGGCAUCGGGGGCAGCGUCGGGGACAUCUGCUUCAACGCGUGGACCUUCGCCGCCUCCCUUGUGGCCGUGGUGGUGGUGCUGGUCCUCUCCUCCUCCCUGACGGCCCUUGUGUGUGUCAGGGUCCGCACCAUACCCUCGACGGCCUCCACCUUCCCCCCUGACUCCUCCUUCCACGCCUUCUCCACCGUGUCGGGGAAAACGGGUUGAGGGGCUGUGGAUUGUGGGUGGAUAGGUGAUGGUGGUGGUGGAAGGAGAAGGGAGGGAGAGGGAUAGAAUGAAAGGAAGGAAGGGAAGAAGGAAGAAAGGAAGACGCAGAAGAAUUAGAGAGAAAAUUAUUGAAAUGAAAAGAAAAGACGGAAGGAAAGGAAGUAAGAUGAAUGAAACAAAGAAAGAAAUAAGAGAGAGAGAGAGAGAGGAAGAUAAU